UUAAUAAUGGUUAUUGGCAUUUUCAUGUUCCGUGACUUUUCUUGCAUCGAAAUGGUACAGUAUAAGUUUUACUUGAAGUGCUGCAUGGUUUUUCUGUUUAAAAAUACUGCCAACUUCCUCAUUCACAUCACAUUUAAAAGAGUCAAACAUCACAUCCUGUUGUCAUUCUGACUUCAGUCCUCAAACAUGCCGUCACGUCUCCCCUUUCUUCUCCUGCUCGUCGUCAUUCUGCUGGAAAGUCUCUGUGGACAUGCUGAAGCUCAAGGAAAGCUACAGAAACCAAACAUUUCUGUGGAUGGAUUUGUGCAGAACAGUGGGGAAGUUAAUGUAGUCUGUAAGAUAAGGCUGAAAAACCCCACACCUGUCACUAAUAUCAGUUGUAACCUGUACAUUGGAGACUCGUCGGAGCCAUUCAGAAGAACAUGGACCACAAAUGAAGUCUGUACCUUUGCUAUGAAUGUCAAAGACCAGCUGAAGAGCCAAGAAGUGAGCUGUGAUUACAGUGUGAAUAUAGACCCUCAUUCUCUUUCUCCACGCAGUAAGAAAGUGAACAUAGUGGGUAAACUGCCAAAGGCAGAGUUACAUUUGAGUCUUGCAGUAAUUUCCAUAGAGGAAUCAGUGAAUCUGAGGUGCAGGAGACCGGACUCUGCCCCUGCGUCCCACUGCACUUUCACCACUAAUCAGAGAGGACCGAUCAGUGGCUCAGACUGUGAGCGCUCAGUCACUGGAGCUGAGCUGCUCAGUGGGAGUCACAGCGCACGCAAUGAGAUCACCAUGAGAUGUUCCUACAAACUGGAGGAAGGAGUGAAACCACUUGUAGAUAGUGACCCCUCUAAAGUAACGGUGCUGGAUCUGAGGAAGCCCAAUAUCUCAGUCUCCACAGAACACACUGAGACAUACAUUCGCUGUGAAGCACCACCUGACAUCACUGGAGCAAAAUUCUUCCUGUACUACAACAGUAGCAGAACACAUACUAAGGAAACCCAGGCUGGAACAGAAGAGCGAGCAGUCAGUUUCACUGUCCCCCGCAGCUCUGACUCCACGACAUACUGCUGCCGUUAUCAGUUUGAGGGCUUCAACUCUAAACUGAGUGACUGUGCUGAAGCCAAGAACAAGGACCAGAGUAAAAGAGUGAGAUUCCCCACCUGCGGUUCUUUCCCUCCCUCAUCUGGCCCUUGAGUAUGUUCUUCCAAAUGGUUCUUCCCCCCACGUUUAUCCUCUUAUAAACUUAUUCAGGUGUGCCCCGUUUCCAUAUUACCUGACUCCUCCCACCCUAUUAACCCUGCAGCAUGGUUCCUAGCUUGUGGAGUCCUGACAUUAUCAUUGGCUGCCAGUGUACAGAGAGCUGGAGCCAAUAUCAAUGCAUGACAAUGAGGUUCCAUUUUGAAAAACUGGCAAAAGAUUAAAAAGUAGAGUUGCAUGAUAUGUUGUGCGAGUUAGAAAUAAAAGCUAAUCUCUCGAGUUUUUUCUGAACAAUUUGUGAAUUCACAGCAAUAACUGUCAAUUGUGUCAUUAAUUAUUUAUUAAUAUGUUUUACUUGUUGAACUGUGUUAGACCAGGUAUUGGCUGUGAGGGGUUCUUUUUUCUCAAUGAAGCGCUGUGGUUAAUAGCUUAAAAAUAAAAUAAAAUGUCACAGUAUGUAUUAGGAUAUGUGGAGAUCAAGAAUAACUCCCUCAUAAUGUGAAAGCUGGUGCUCUUUUCACUCAGUGUCUCACUCUCCUCAAAUCCCCUUUACAAAUUUCAGCCUGGUUGAACACACCAGCGGGUGUUGGAGUAAUUCUCACAGUGAUUGUGAUCCUCCUGGGAAUGACAGGAGCCGGUCUGUACUGGAUACACA